UAUUUAGGAGGAAUUACAGAAAAGCUGCAGGGAGAAAGAGGGAACACACCAGAGCAGCACUUGGCUACAGUGUUUUCUGUGCCAUUUUGGAGGAAGCUCAUCCCUGGUGACAGAGCUCUGCGACAGCUGAAUUUGGUGUCCAACCCACUCUCUUCCGUUAAAUGUGGCAUUUCCUGGCCGGUCCUGGCCUGAAACACCAAGAAAUGUAAAAAAAUCAGUUUGCAGGAGGGCUUUCUAUCUUCACAAGUAGCCACAUGGAGAAGACAAGGGACAAUGGAUUGCACCCUGUGAUGUUUCAUCUCAACCUAAGAAAUACGUUACAGUGAGAACAAUCGCUGGAACAACCUCCCCAUGGUAGAGUCCCCGUUGCUGGAGUGUUUCUGGAUGUGACUGGACAGGGUGUGAGAGAACCUCAUCCAGGCUCCCUUCCCCAUGACAGGGUGGACCAGAUGAUCUUCAGAAGUCCCUUCCAACCUGGGGUGUUCUGUGGUCAAGGGGGAGCAGCAGUCAGCUCCAUGGCGGAGCAGAGAGCUCAUGGGGCAGUGCACCUCCCAGCUCAGCUCCAUAUGGUGGGUCCAGCCCCUCCAAUCCUUUGGGAUUGGGGAGGGUCCCAAGUGCCCCAGAGUCCCUCCAGGCCCCCUGACAGCUCAGCCCAACACCGUGACCUCAGCCUCUCCACCAUCUCAGUGCUCCAUCAUCUCAACACCCCACCAACCCCUCCCAGUGCCUCCCCAGUCCCAAUGCCGCCCUCUGGUAGCCCAGCCACCCUCAGCUCCUGCAUCACCUCAGGGCCACCCCAGUGCCCCACAGCACCCACUUCGUGUCCAAUGGCCCUGGUUGUGGUCACUGGCCCUACCAGUCCCUUUGUCACCUUAAAGCCAAGCAGGCACCCCCAGUGCUCCAUAGCCCACAGGGAGCCCCCAGUGCCCCACAGGACACUCCCAUACCCACUGCCUCCUGUGGCAGCCCAGCCACCCCAGCCCCUCCAGCACCUCAGAAUCAGCGUGGGCUUCCCAGUGCACCCCCCCCCAAUGCCCUGUGGACCCCUGCAGUGCCCCAGGACCUGGCCUAGAGGAUGGACCCACCUUGAUGCCCCUUGGACUCUCUGCGAAGCCACACCAGCAGUCCCCAAUAACACUCAGACACACCCCCCCCCCCCCCCCCAGUGCCACAUGCACGCCUUCCAAUACCCACAAACCCUUCCCAAUGCCCCAAGGACACCCCCGAUGCCCCAUGGACAUUCCCAACCGACCCACGGACCCCCCCCAAUGGCUCAUGGCCAUCCCUUGAUGCCCCGUAGCCAGUCCCCAAUGCUCUAUGGACCGUCCCCGAUACCCCACAGACAACCCUCAACGCCCCACAGAUACCCCCCGCGACACCCCACGGCUCCCCGCCGCCGGGGGCGGCCCCAUCCCCGCCCCGUCCCGCCCCGCCCCGUCCCGUCCCGUCCCGCGAGUGGCAGCGAGUCACGGCGGGCGGGGGCUGCCGGCGCGGCGCCGCUCGGGGCCGGGCACCGUGGGCAUCUCCGAGCCAUGGCCCCGGCGCUGCUCCUGCUCCUGCUCCUGCUCCUGCUGCCGGUCCACGGCACCAGGCUGGAGGAGAAGCUCGCCCAUGUCGAGAAGUACGAGACAGUGAUGCCACGCAAGGUGCUGGCACCUAGGGGGAGGAGGGACCUCCCUGCACCAUCAAGCACCUACCCAGAUCACGUCCUCUACAGCAUCCAUGCCGAAGACAAGGACUACCUCCUGUGGCUGGAGAAAAACAAGGAGCUGCUGGGGCAGCACUACACCGAGACGCACUACUCAGCCGAUGGCACUGAGAUUGUGGAGAAGCCAGAUGUUCUGGAUCACUGCUUUUACCAGGGUUAUGUGCAAGAUUACGCUGACUCAGCAGCAAGCAUCAGCACCUGUGGCGGGCUCAGUGGGUUUUUCCGAGUGAAUGAGACAACCUUCCUGCUGGAGCCCCUGGAGAAAGACGCAUCUGGCCUGCAUGCAGUGUACAGAGCAGCUCACCUGCGGGGCAAGCGCAGCACGUGCCAAGAGGCUGGUGACACCCUGGAAUAUGACCACGCACCAAAAAUUCCUGCAGCCAUGAAGCUUUACCGCUGGAAAUCAGCUCCGUUACACAAAGGUCCCCGAUAUGUGGAGCUGGUCCUGGUCGUGGACAACGAGGAAUUCAGAAAACAUAAGGACUUGCGCGCAGUGCAGAACCGCAUGAAGGAAAUCGUGAACCACGUUGACAAGCUUUAUCAGCCUCUUCGCCUGCGGGUGGCCUUGAUCGGCUUGGAAGUGUGGAGCCACAAGGACAAAAUCGUGGUCAGUCCCAACCCAGAGGUGACGCUGAACAACUUCCUCCACUGGCGGGAGGCAGAGCUGCUACAGAGGAAGCCGCACGACAAUGCCCAGCUGAUCACGGGCAUAGACUUCCAUGGCACAACUGUAGGGCUUGCCAAGAAGCUUGUGAUGUGCACCAGGGACUCAGGCGGUGUCAACCAGGACCACAGCACAAAUCCUAUUGGUGCUGCAUCCACCAUGGCUCACGAGAUGGGGCACAACCUGGGGAUGUCCCAUGAUGAAGACAUUGCUGGCUGUCACUGUCCUGUCCCCAAAGCUGAUGGUGGAUGUGUCAUGGCAGCGAGCGUUGGCUUGGUUUACCCCAAGCUCUUUAGCCGCUGCAGCGAGCAGGACAUGUGGCAGUUCCUCGGGGACCCCAGGACCGGCUGCCUGCUGAACGUCCCCAGGGCGGAUGAGCUGUAUGGGGGGCCGGUGUGCGGGAAUCAGUUUGUGGAGCGGGGAGAGCAGUGCGACUGUGGCACGCCAGAGGAGUGCUUGGACCACUGCUGCAAUGCCACCACUUGCCAGCUGAGCGAGGGAGCCGAGUGUGCCCAGGGGGACUGCUGCCAGGACUGCAAGGUGAAGGCUGCUGGCUCACUCUGCCGGGCCAGCAAGAAUGACUGUGACCUGCCCGAGCACUGCAGUGGCCUCAGCGCUGAGUGCCCAGAGGAUGUUUUCCAGGAGAAUGGCAUCUCCUGCCAGAAUGGCAAUGGCUACUGCUACAAUGGGGCCUGCCCCUCGCACGGCGAGCAGUGCCGCACGCUCUGGGGCACAGAGGCCCAGGUGGCUCCUGAUGUCUGCUUUAAGCACAAUAGCGAGCAACACCUUCACCUCCACUGCCUCACUGAGCAUGGGAAGCGGCCUUGCAGCCCCAAGGAUGUGAAAUGCGGCACGCUGCUGUGCCUGAGCGACAAUGCCAGUCCUGUCCUCGGUGGUGGCUCCUACUCCCUCUUCUUUGGCAGCUUCAAGUGCAAGGCAGUCAUCGCCAGCAGCGAUGCCAAUGAGGUGGUGGCCAAGCUCAGGCUGGUGCCCACUGGUGCCAAGUGUGGAGAGGAGAUGGUCUGCUAUGCUGGGCGCUGCCAGAACCUCCUGGUCUAUGGCAACAAGAACUGCUCAGCCAAGUGCAACAACCAUGGGGUGUGCAACCACAAAAGGGAAUGUCACUGUGAGCCAGGCUGGGCAGCACCCUACUGCGCACAGAAGAUUUCAGGGAUGGUGGCAGGGAGCAGCAGCACGGUCUUGGCGGCUGUGCUGGCCGUGCUGGCGCUCUCCGGCAUCCUGCUCGGCAUUGGUAUUGUGCUCUUCAGAGGCAGGGGGAUGAGGCACUUCCAGAAAGGGCGGACCGCCAGCGGGCCCGCUGCUGGCCUUGCCAAUCCACUCUUCCAGGAGGGUGGCCAGACACAACCCUCCCGCCGCCAGCUGUCCUGCCAUGACAUUGGCCCCCCCAACCUGCUCAGCAGCACGGCGACCCCACGGGAUGCCCAGCCCCUCAGACCCUGCCGCCCAGCCCUGCAGGCAAAGCCGAAGCCGCCCAGCAAGCCUCUCCCGCCACUGAAAAGCAAGGUGCCAUGCCGUGGCAAGGGGCCGCCAGAACCAGUCUCUCGCUCCUCACCGACACCCCCCUUGGUCUUUCAGUGGGACAUCCCCACAAAGGUGGCCCUGAAGCCACCCCCGGCCAGGAGGUGAACAAGGAUGUUCCGUCCACCACCGAAGCUGAGGGGUUGCUGGCUCUGUCGCUUUGGUGACACAGCUGGGGAGAUUCCACCUGGCUUCCAUCCUUACUUGAAUCCCUCAUCAGACCCUCCCCCAGGAGGGCACCAGUGUUUACAAAUAUUUGAGUUGUGCCUUAAUGGACUUCAUAGCCUCACGGCUGAUCCAGAAAGAGCUGUCAGCUGGGGCUUUGUGAGGCGGCCAGGAGCAGGGAUGAUGCCAACCCCAAGUUGAUCCAGGCUCUCCUCCACCCUGAGCUGCUGCCUUCUCUCCCAAUGUCCUGAAUGUGUCCUGCUCCUCCUGCCCCUUCCCUGCUGGGGCUGUGACAAGGAGCUCCUGGCACUGCCCACAGCCUUGCCAGGGCCAGAGCAUCACUGCACUACAGGAACCGGCCCCUGGGGCCGCUGCCCUAACCGGGGACAGUCACAUGGGGCAUCUCAGGAGGGGCUUUGGCAGAUCCAAGCCAGGCUUGGCUUCCCCGCUGUGGUUUUCCUUCUGAAGUUACCACCUGAGCUACUGUUCUUCUGAAAGGGAAUUUCUUGGGAGCCUUUAUACUGCAGCCAUUUACUUAUGACCCUUAUGUGACCAUUUUGAGCCAUCUGUCGUGAAAAUGGGCUUCCCUGUUUUUGAUAUAAUUUAGGUUGAAGCCUUUUAUACCAAUAAAGAUGG